AAACAAUAAUCUUAGCGGCCGAAUGUUUCCAAAGUUUUCUAAUCUGACCAGCUUAGAAAUUCUGCAUUUGAAUGGGAAUCUCUUUCCUGGAGAAAUCCCAGAUAGUUUGUUCAACAGCUCAUACUUGAAGAGUCUAGAUGUUAGUUAUAACUCCUUAUCAGGUAAGCUGCCAACUUGGAUGGGAAAUUUGACUUAUCUGCAAACACUUUUGAUGGCCGGUAAUCAUCUUGAAGGACCGAUUCCCAUUGAGUUUUGUUCACAUGAGAACAUUGAAAUUCUUGAUCUUUCGCAAAACAAUCUCUCAGGCUCUAUCCCAUCUUGCUUUAGCCCAAUAUCCCUUCUUCAUGUAUACCUGCAUGACAACAAGUUCACAGGACCAAUAACAAAAUCCUUCUCUCAAAGCUCAUCUUUGGUGACUCUAGACAUCAGAAACAACUACUUGACUGGAGGUAUUCCCAGUUGGAUUUCCAAUCUCAGUUUGAGCAUUCUUCUUCUGAAAGAAAACCAGUUGGAAGGAAGAAUACCUGCUGAGUUGUGUCAGUCGUCCUUGAUGACUAUACUAGAUCUUUCUCACAACAAUCUCUCAGGUUCUAUUCCUUCUUGCUUGAACAAGAUACCAUUCAAAAUAGGGUUUCGUUCUGGAAAAUUUCGUUUACCUGUUUUUCUGGAUAUUGAUCUACAGUUGUCAGCGUAUUCAUAUCAAAGCAGCUAUAUAGAGUUACUUCAAAUACCUUCUUAUGCUAAACCUGUAAAUUAUGAAAUAACCUCCGUUGAGUUCACAACCAAGAACAGGUCUAACUUCUACAUGAACAACUUUUUAUACAACAUGACUGGAAUUGAUCUGUCUUGGAACAAAUUGACAGGCAGAAUACCACCCGAAAUGGGGGAGCUAAAGCGAAUCCGUUCGCUAAAUCUUUCACAUAAUGAGCUGAGUGGUUCAAUUCCAACAACCUUUUCGGGCCUAAAGUACAUAGAAAGCUUGGACCUUUCUCACAACAAGUUGACAGGAGCAAUUCCUCAACAGCUUACUGAACUGACUGUGCUGGGAUAUUUCUCUGUUGCUUACAACAAUUUAUCUGGUAAAAUACCUGAUAAAGCGCAGUUUGGUACUUUCGUGGACAAUAGCUAUGAGGGAAAUCCUUUUCUUUGCGGGUCAAUAUUGAAGAAAGACUGUAACUCAACUCUGGAAGAGUCACAGGGGGGACACGAGGAGGGAGAGAACAGCUUUAUGGAGAUGCUGGCUUUUUACUUAAGUUUUCUUAUGGCUUAUGCAAUAAUGGUGGUGGUACUUAUUGCUACUCUUUACAUCAACAUGGAUUGGAGAAACAAGUGGUUUCAUCUAGUUGAUGCUUGUAUCAAUACUUGUCUUUGUAAGUUGACCAAUCAAAAUGAUUAGAAUUUCAUCAUUGUUUAAAAGAAAAUGCCGAGGGAAGCCGAAGGCAUGUACCUAUGUACUAGCAAAACACAAAGCCGAAUGGGUAAAAUCCCAUGAUAUUAAACUUUUGGUGAUUGAAGCAUAAUUGGACACUAAACUUCUAUUUUUUUCUUGUUAAAAACAAGGUAGAAAUUGUAGAGAAGCAAAGAAGUAAGCGUAUGUCAGAGAUUGUCAUCGAAAUCAACUCAAAUUUAUAUUUGUAAAAAGGUUUUUUUGUUGUGUUGAGAAAGUGUUGUAUACAAGUAAAAUAGGAUGUGUUGUGAGAUAACGGAGAAAAUGAUUGGAGUAAACUUUAAAGUAUUGACUGCAGCUAUGGGUGAUGAUAUUUGAUAAAUAAAAGCUGAGUAGAGAAGAGAAUGAGAUUAAAAAAAUGAUUUGGAAAGAGUAAAUUACAGAGGGAACUGAAUAAAUUUGUUAAAAGUUUUUAAAAGUCUUAUGAAUCAUUUAAAUUCUUAUUUAUAGGUUUCAAAAAUAAGAGUUAUAUAUUUUGAGUAUU